AUGAUUCUUUUUCACCUCAAGUCUGCGUUAUCCUUCCUUACACUAUUUUCCCGCUACUCUGUGCCCGUACGAUGCUAUCUACCCUACAAAACCUCCACCAUCGACUGGGAGCCAGUCAAGCAAAAGUCAGGCAACGACACCACGAGCAAGCGCGUGUUUCUCUCGUUAUUGGUCUUGAUGCCGGUGGUUUCGUUUUUCCUUGGUUGUUGGCAGGUUAGGCGGUUACAGUGGAAGACGAAGUUGAUCGCGGACUCGGAAGAGCGGCUUGCGGCACGGCCGUUACAGCUUCCCGAGGAGGUUGAUCCCCAAGCGUGCAACGAGUACGAGUACAGAAAAGUACUUGUGAACGGGAAGUUUGACUACGAUGGGGAGAUUUUUGUGGGCCCUCGAGUCAGGGAUGGUGUGAAGGGCUACCUUCUCGUGUGCCCGCUUGUCAGACCCAACGGCGACCGCAUCUUGGUGGAGAGAGGCUGGAUCUCCAGUGAUAUGGUCAUUCCCGAGAGGCGUGGAAUGACCUAUUUAUCCAGGCCGACAAAUGAAAUCACGAUUCCAUGCCUCUUGAGAAACCCGCCCCCAAAAACGUCACUCCAACACAACCACGAGUACGGCAGCAGAUUAUUUAACUUUAUCGACAUCACCGUGAUGACCAAACAGUCCAAAUGCUUACCAAUGUACUUGCAAGCGAACUACGACAUGAGAGACCAUCCGGAGUAUAUCCACGAAGAGCCCAGCCAGUCCCCAGCUGUCAAAGUCAAGAAGCACUGGUGGAGCAAGAACGAUAAGCCAGAAGAGACUGGGAUUCAGAAGAUCAUCACCGAGGGCCCUAACAAGGGGCUUAUUGGUGUGGACGAGUUUGACGCGUCGUUGGAGUUCUCAGAGCAACAGUUUAUUAAUGCUGGUGUGCCUAUCGCCAAGCCAGCCAAAGUGGAGUUCAAAAACAAUCAUUUAAACUACUUGGUCACCUGGUACGGGUUGAGCAUUCUUUCUACCAUCGCGUUGUUCAGUGUGUUGAAGAAGUACAACAAAAAGGUGGACGCUAAGCUUUUUAUGGACGAAUGUUUUUAG